AUGGCGUCGCCGCAACCACUCGACAUUCCACAAUUUGUGAUUAUACGAGAUGAGAUACACAAUAUCUACAAGCAGCCUGUGCUUCAUUACGUUUUUGAAGACGAAGAAUUUCCGGACGUACCCAAAAGCAAUCUUAUUGUUGUGGAUCUUGACGACACCGCUACCAAUGUGGCCGCCAUUGACAGUUACAGCCCUCAUUUCCAAGUGACCAACUGUCGUCUGGAACAGAGCACGUUAAGCGAUCAGCUGGAAGACGGUACCAGUUUAUUAAAUCUGACGAUUGAUGGUGUAUCAGCCCCUAAAGCGUAA